UUAAAAUUUAAGGUUAUGUGUAUAUUCCCAACUUGAUUCCCAAUUACAAUGUACGACGAUAAUCACAGAUAUUUUCUGCAAUACAUUCUGCACAAUAGCUACAUUCCCAUCGAAACAGCUCUCAACUUUUGCACUAGCAAUUCAAUUGAAGCCGUAAAAGAUGGCAAGGAACUGAAGCAGUUCGUGGCGGAAAUCAACGAUAAGAUUUCGAAGCAGGACCUGAAGAUCAACUUUUUAAAAUGCGAAGUGACCGGUGAUGAUAAAUUGGUUUUGCUGAACACAGUGAACGACGACGUGUCCAAGCUUCAAAACUCCUUCAGACCGGCGGAACUGGAAUACUUCCAACUGGUCUUGCAGGAGCUGGUCACGGCCGACGAUCACCAAAUCAACAAAAUGCAGUGCUAUAAUCUCAACAUGACCGCAAACAGAAUUAACGCCGACACAAUCGAAAAGUUGCUGGAAAAGUGGACCUCGCAGGGGUAUUUAGUCGAGAACGGUUCGUCUAUGUGUCUCGGUGCUAGAUGUGUCGCGGAGUUCGAUCCGUACUUUAAAGUUCACUGCAAGGAUUACUACAGCGAUUGUUUGUUAUGCUCGGAAACCGUCUUUGUUGGGUCGACUUGUGACGCCUGCCAGAGCAUAAUGCACAGGCAUUGCAUCGAUAGAUACUUGACCAAACACGACCAGUGUCCUUCUUGCAAGCGCACUUGGAAUGCUCAACGGAUGCAAGCGGUAAAUGGGACUGAAGAAUCAUCGUCGGAUGAAAGUGAAAUUCCUACGCCUCGUGUAUCUAGAACAAAGCGUAAGCGAGUUUUGUGACUCCUUACAUCCACGUUUUUAAUAUUAAAUUAAUAAAUGAUUAACACAC